ACUGCCGUAAUUUAACCCCAAAUAAGAAGAAGAAGAAGAAGAAGAAGAAGAAGAAGAUUUGCCUUCACAGCUAUGCUUUAAACUCCGCACAUCAUGUGACGGGGGAGUGGCAGAGAAGCAGGAAACAACACACCGCUGCUGCAAGUCACGAGAAAGAUCUCCAUCAUGGCCUACCAGGCUGGGAUUCUAGAGGAACCCAGAGCUUUGGUUCAAAACAUCAGCUCCAACAUCCAGAAGCUGACACUGCUGACCUCUGAGCUGCAAAGGGCAGUUUCUCUGCUGGGAACAGAGCAGGACAGCAGCCAGCUGCGGCACGCGCUGCAACAGAAACAGCAGCAAGGCAACCAGCUAGCGAAGGAGACUGACAGACUGAUCAAGUCAUUCAGUGCACUUCCUGUUGGCCCCGAUCAGCGGCAGAGAAAGAUACAGAAAGAGCGUCUAUUGAAUGACUUCUCCGCCGCCCUGAACAGCUUCCAAAAGACCCAGCGGCAGGCAGCAGACAAAGAGAGAGAGUUUGUGGCCAGAGUCAGAGCCGGCUCCAGGGUGUCGGGAGGACAGCCUGAAGACACCUUUGGAAAUGUGCCUCCUUUCCCUAGUGAUUCCCAGCUCCAGGCUCAGACUGAGGCCAUCACUGAAGAAGACCUGAGGCUCAUCCAGGAGAGAGAGUCGUCCAUCAGGCAGUUGGAGGCUGACAUCACAGAUAUCAAUGACAUCUUCAAGGACCUGGGAUUGAUGGUCCACGAGCAGGGAGACAUGAUAGACAGUAUAGAAGCCAAUGUGGAGAAUGCAGAUGUGAAUGUCCAGAGCGCCACACAGCAGCUGGCACGUGCUGCAGACUACCAGCGGAGCUCCCGGAGGAAGAUAUGCAUCCUGGUGAUAGUGUUGGCUGUGGUUGCUGUUAUUAUUGGACUCAUCAUCUGGGGUGCUGUCAAACAGUGAGAGCUUCUUCCUCCUCUCCCCUUCCUGUUUUAGUCAUCAGCCUGGACAAAGGAUGAAGCACCUUCCUUCCUCAUCCUCUUCUCACCCCCCUCAUGAGGGAGGUCAUUGAGACUGUCUGUCUGUCUUUCUUUGACUUGAUUAUAUUUUUAAGAUAUUGCAGUACUCAUUGACAGGACUGCACACUCCUUCACUGUGAAAACAAAACUAGCGCUGGUAGCUUUGUUUUUAUAAUCAGCUUUAAUUGAAUUCUUAGUGUCUGAUUGAGGCAUGAUUUACUUUGACAGGAAAGCGUAAAGGUUUUUAGUCCUCACCUGAUUGUCAGAGGGAGGUGUAAACCAGCCCCGAAUGUUAAAAUACAGUACAGACAAUGCUUCUGGGUGCAAAGAAGCAGCAAGUUGCUGUAGGCAGGUAAGAUGGGAUUAACCUUCAGAAAACCUCUUCAAAAUGCCAUAUUGCUGCAGCUACUUUGUUUUAUCAGGUUAUAUAUGAAAAGCCCACAUGCUAAACAUUUCUCAGCAAUUAAACUAUGAAUCAAGUGCACUAUGUAAAUUUGGGAAUAAACAAAAGCCAGCCUUGGUUCAUAUUACAAUAUAGCCAAACUAUAGUCAGCAAAUUGUAAUGCAGUGCCAUGAGAGACAAUACCCUGUUUUUUUUUUUUUUUUUUUUUUAAUCUAUUAUCUCAUGUAUUUUAAAUAAAUCGUUAAUUUCUAUUCAAAUUCACAUUGUUGUAUUCUAUGGAUAAAUCAAGAAGUACUGUGCAUACACACCCUAAAUGUUGGGGUUAGGACAGUAUAUUACACUCCACUAUUAACCAAUCAUUCCAAAUAAUAAGAUUUUGUUGUUGCUGUAAGUAGGCGGUGUGUUUCCUUUGGCUAGACAAUCGUAGAAAAGGUAUGUUUCUUGUAAAGGCCCUGCGCACCACACAGGUGAUUUUAAUCAUUUUGUUGAUUAGUACACGUUAAAGGUGGCCAUAGCUAUGUCAGUCAUGGUCCAGAGGAGAGGUCUAAUCAGUCAAAUUAAGUGAGAACAUCUGUGUGGGUUAACAGUUUGCGUGUGGGGGCUGUACUCAUAGAAAAGUACUGACAGUCUGUUAUCACAAUUUUUUUGUGACUGACAACCCACAAUACCUGUCUUUAUCUCUAUGUUCCUAAUAUGAAGAAACCAAACUUGUAGUAACCCAAAGUAAAGUAAAUUAAAGCAAACACUAAUAAUUAUUUGCUAACUAUUUAACCCAAAUGUAAAAUUAUGAUUGCAUGUAUAUUUUUAAUACUGAUAUUUAGCUGCCUACCAUGUGCUGAAUAAAUUACCUGAAUGUGCUGAA